AUGUUGUCGUUAAGCAAUAUGUUGCGAACUCAAGUCCUCCGAUCAGGGAGAUCAGCCACCCGAAACACAGUACUUGUUGCACGCUCAGCAACAGCAACAAUUCAGGCAAAUCGUCGAACCUUUUCAACUACCCAAAGAACUCUUUGUGCAGGCUGUGCAACUUCUGGGGCUCAGGCAUGCCCUCGUCACAAGCCGAAUAGUCGUGCUAGCGCCAGCAAUAUCACCACAAACUUCUAUACCACCAGCCUGAGCAAGAAUGCUGCAUACGCAACAACAGCCAGCCCAACCAUUCCUACUGAGCAAUGGGCACAAGUUCUAGAAAAUACUGGAGGAGCUGUCCAAUACAAGAAGAUCCCAGUUCCUACACCAGCAUCAGAUGAAGUUCUCAUCAACGUCAGGUACAGCGGAGUUUGCCAUACAGACCUUCACGCUGUAAAUGGUGAUUGGCCACUCGCUCCCAAGAUGCCUCUGGUCGGAGGCCACGAAGGUGCUGGUGUGGUAGUUGCAAGAGGAGAACUCGUGAAAGACGUUGAGAUUGGCGACCAUUCCAACGAAUCGCUUUGUUCUCACGCUUCAUUAUCUGGUUACACAGUCGAUGGCUCAUUCCAGCAGUAUGCCGUUGGCAAGGCAGCGCAUGUAGCGCGUAUCCCCAAGGACUGCGACCUCGCUGGUGUAGCGCCUAUCCUAUGUGCUGGCCUAACUGUUUACAAAGCUCUCAAGUCCUCUGGUGUUCGUCCAGGACAGAGCGUAGUUAUUGCAGGUGCAGGCGGAGGCCUUGGUGUUUUUGCGAUCCAGUACGCUAAGGCUAUGGGGUUGCGUGUAACAGCUCUCGACGGCGGCGAGGAGAAGCGCAAGGUCUGUACUGAGCUUGGCGCUGAUACUUUUGUCGAUUUCAAAACUUCUACAGAUAUCGUUGGAGAGAUCAAGAACUCCACUGGGGGCUUAGGACCUGACGGGGUUCUGCUUCUAGCGGCGAGUGAGAAGCCUUUCCAACAGGCGAGUCAGUAUGUCAAGAGUAAGGGAACCAUCGUUUGUGUGGGAUUGCCAGCCAAUGCUUUUGUCAAGGCCCCCGUGUUUGACACUGUUGUUCGAGAAAUCAAUAUCAAAGGUAGUUAUGUCGGCAACAGACAAGAUACCGCCGAAGCCAUCGAGUUUUACAGACAGGGACUUAUCAAAGCGCCAUAUAAGAUUGUUGGUCUAUCAGAGCUUCAGAAGGUUUAUGAUAUGAUGAUUGAAGGAAAUAUCGCUGGUCGCUAUGUAGUAGAUACCAGUAGAUGA